AAUAAGUCCAUUUGUGAAAUUUUCUUGCUAUUAAAUAUUCCACAGUCAACUGUUAGUGGUAUUAUAACAAAGUGGAAGCAACUGGGCACAACAGCAACUCAGCCAUGAAGUGGUAGGCCACGUAAAAUGACAGAGCGGGGUCAGCGCAUGCUGAAGCACACAGUGCGCAGAAGUUGCCAACUGCCUACAGAGUCAAUAGCAAAAGACCUCCAAAUUUUGUGUGGCCUUCAGAGAGCUUUAUGGAAUGGGUUUUCAUGGCCGAGAAGUUGCAUCCAAGCCUUACAUCACCAAGUGCAAUGCAAAGUGUUGGAUGCAGUGGUGUAAAGCAUGCCGUUGCUGGACUCUAG